GACGUACAGUUGGCUUUAACACUGCCUCACAGCUUCCAUGCUCUGUGUGUUACGUGUUUUUUUCCUGUCUCUGUGUACAGCUAUCUCCUCUCGCCACUGACGCUGUCCGAUUUUUUUUUUCUAAUUUUUUUGUUCUUAUUCUCCGAUCACAUUGAAGAUUAAAAAAAUUAACUACUAGAAAUUAAGGAUUAUCAAAGGCAGUCGCUUGCUACAAAGCCAAAACGCAACCAGAGAAGCCAAACUUUGCAGGGAAUGAAUGUGCAAGAAGCGAAGAUUCAAUGUAGUGUCUGUGCGUGAUUGAAAGUCAAUGUGGUAUUUAACAAGUGAAAUAAGAGACUGACAGUUUUGUGAUUGUGGUGAUAGAAAGUAUAUAAAAUAGCAGCGAAGAACGGAUGCGGAUCGAUGAGACGUUUCGAUCAUGGACAACAGGAAAAUCAUCAGUAAUCCGAAUCCCAGAGAGAGGGCCAAUGUCUUAUCCAUAUUGACGUGGACAUGGACUUUCAAUUUAUUCAAAAAAGGCUACAGCAAGAUCUUAGGAGUCGAAGAUCUUUAUGAUCCAGUUAGCACGGACAAGUCAAGUGUACUUGGUGAUCGAUUAGAGAAACAAUGGUUUGCCGAGCUACAGAAAGCGAAAAGAAAAAAUCGUCGUCCAAGCUUCUUGUGGGCGAUUUGUAUAGCGUUUGCGUCCGAAUACUUUAUAUUGGGCUGCAUACAAAUACUCAAUGAGCUAGUUUUGAGGUUGGGCACACCGAUGCUCCUCGGUGCACUUCUUCAAUAUUUCAAGCCAGGUUCCACAACAAGUUACGAGGAAGCAAUGUACUUCGCCACCAGUAUAGUAUUAGCAAGUUUGGCUAAUGUGAUAUCGUUGAAUCAAACAAUUUUCGGCGCUUUUCACGUGGGUGGACGCAUUCGAGUUGCCGCUUGUUCCGUUGUUUACAGAAAGGCUUUACGUUUGAGUAAGACUGCCAUGGGUGAAACAGCACCUGGUAAAAUAGUCAAUUUAGUAGCCAGCGACGUCAAUAGGUUCGAUAUUAUAUCAGUAUUUAUUCAUCACAUGUGGUCAGCACCACUGUCAGCAAUGGUUAUAUUAGUACUGUUGUAUUUGAAAAUUGGAUGGUCAGCUUUAGUUGGAAUGACAAUCAUAUUCCUCGUUGUACCGUUCCAAGGUUAUUUGGGCAAACUGUCUUCCAAAUUCCGCCUGCAAACAUCGAUAAAAACCGAUGAGCGCGUACGUCUUAUGGACGAAAUAAUAUCCGGCGUGCAGGUAAUCAAGAUGUACGCCUGGGAGAAGCCAUUUUGUGCAUUGGUCGAAUCAGCUCGCCGACUCGAGCUCAAAGUCGUAAGAAAGAGUUCGUAUAUCCGUGGUAUUUACAUGACGUUUAAUAUGUUUACCACGCGAGCUGCCUUGUUCGGUACUUUGAUAACGAUGAUGAUCAGAGGCCAACCACUUACCGUCGAUGAGGUGUUCGUUUACAUGUCAUAUUUCAAUUUGAUGGCACAAACAAUGUCUUCCAUGUUUGUACGUGGUAUUGCUGAGAUUGCCGAGUGUAGAGUUGCAGUUAAUAGAUUGCAGAAUUUUCUGAUGUUUGAGGAGUUCGAAUCGAGUAAUGUUAAUAAUGGGAUUGCCAAUUUGUCGAAUUCGAAUAAUUCGGUAUCGAUGAAUUCUACGUCUAAACCGGAUCUUCCGUAUAUCGAUGAAGAUGUUACUUAUGAGGAGAGGUCGAAUGAUAAAAGUAGACAGAGCUUUGUUAUGCGAGCUAGUGAAUUGUUGAAACAUGAUAACAUCGAAGCUAAUGGAAAGCAGAAAAAAAACGUCAAACAAUACACAGACAAAUCCAAAGAAAACUGGGCUAUAAGACUGAACCAUGUAACGGCCAAAUGGGACUUUCACUCGACUGAAACAACUCUCGAAGAUGUCAAUUUAGAAAUGGAAAGAGGCAAAUUGUACAUUGUAAUUGGUAUGGUAGGAGCUGGGAAAAGUUCACUCAUUUCUACAAUUUUGGGAGAACUCAAAGUACUGCAAGGCAACACUGAAGUUAAAGGAAGUAUUAGUUAUGCCGAUCAAGACGCAUGGGUUUUCGGCGCAACCGUAAGACAGAAUAUUAUCUUCGGUCAGAAAUUCGACAGACAUAGGUAUCAAAAAGUAGUGAAGGUAUGCGCUUUGCAAAAAGAUUUCAAGCAAUUCCCUCACGGUGAUCAGACGAUCGUUGGCGAGAGAGGAAGUUCAUUAUCAGGAGGUCAGAAAGCCAGAAUCAAUUUGGCGAGAUCGGUUUAUCGUGAGGCUGACGUCUAUUUGUUAGAUGAUCCGCUGAGUGCUGUUGAUGCGCACGUUGGUAAACAUUUAUUUGAAGAAUGUCUCCAGAAAUAUCUAUCCGGCAAAACGCGUGUCUUGGCAACCCAUCAGCUACAGUACAUCAAAGGUGCAAAUGCUAUUAUUUUGCUGGAUCAAGGAAAAUUACAUCAUUUUGCCGAUUAUCAAGAACUGUUGCGCGUUCAUCCCGAGUACAAUAGUUUAAUCGCCGAGGAAAAAGCUGCAGAAUCCACUGAAGAGUCUUCCAUUGAAAAAUCGUCUCAUAUAAGGCGUCAGUUCUCUUCGUCGAGUACAAGGAGUCGAGCAACUGAUAGCGGAGCAGAGACCGACGGGGAAGAUGAAGACGAUGAGAACAAUGUUCAAGGAGAUUUCUUAGAAGGUACAUCACGCGGAGCCGUUAAAGGUAGCCUUAUGAUAAGGUACAUGAGAUCUGGUGGAAGCAGUAUAUUUGCACUAGUAGUUUUCAUUCUAUUUUUGGCAACUCAAUUUUGCGUCAGCUGCAACGAUUGGUACAUUCCCCAGAUUGUCAAUGCCGAAGAAUCCCGUAAUUACUAUAAUGCAAUGCACACAGUAAAUUUUACAGACAGUUUUGCAAUGAAAGAUAUUCCAGAAGCUGGAAACAAUCAUAGUACAAAGGCCUACCUCGCCGAAGAUAAUCUUGAAUCGAAAGAGUACUACAUGUACAUAUAUACAGCCAUCGUAAUGUCAAUAUUUCUGGUAGGCAUUGUGCGAUCCUUCGCUUUCUAUCAAGUUUGUUUGAGUGCCAGUCAACGCCUUCAUGAUCUCGUCUUUGGAGCUCUUAUUCGAGCAACAAUGCGAUUCUUCGACACAAAUCCAAGUGGAAGAAUUUUAAAUCGAUUCUCUAAGGAUCUUGGAGCUAUCGAUGAACUGUUGCCAAAAGCGACACUCGACGCUGGACAAAUUAUUCUAGCUAUGUGGGGUUCUCUAAUUGUCACGUGUACUGCGAAUAAAUAUUUCGUUAUACCGAUUGUAGUGAUUGGAGGUAUUUUCUACUUCAUCCGGAAAGUUUAUCUGAAGACCAGUAAAAAUGUCAAGAGACUCGAGGGAAUAACUCGAUCGCCUGUAUUUACGCAUUUGAAUGCCACUUUAAAUGGUAUCACGACGAUAAGAGCUUAUCAAGCGGAAAAAAUUCUCAAAACGGAAUUCGACAAGUUACAAGAUAUGCAUACUUCCUCGUGGUAUAUGUUCAUUGCGACAAGCACGGCUUUCGGAUUUUCUUUAGAUGUAUUCUGUUUCCUUUUUACGGGUCUGGUUACAUUUAGUUUUCUGGUGAUGAAAGAUAAUUUCACCGGUGGUGAUGUAGGUUUAGCGAUAACUCAAGUAAUGUCAUUGACGGGUAUGAUCCAAUGGGGUAUGCGUCAAAGCGCUGAAGUGACAAAUCAACUAAUGUCGGUAGAACGAGUACUCGAGUAUUCCGAAUUACCAGCUGAACCUAAUCUACGUGAUGGAGGUGAAUUAGCUAAAAAGAAGAAGAAGAAGCUGAAAAAAGGAGAGCAAGAGAAAAUGCAAUUGAUCGAACCGCCAAAAGAUUGGCCAACUUACGGUCGAGUUGAAUUUAAAAGCGUCUAUAUGCGUUACUCUGAAGAUGAGCCACCGGUGCUCAAAGGUCUUACUAUGUCAAUACGACCGAGUGAAAAGGUUGGAAUAGUUGGAAGGACAGGAGCUGGAAAAUCAUCUCUUAUCUCCGCGCUCUUCAGGUUAGCCAAAGUAGAAGGUGGCAUUGAAAUCGAUGGAAUUGAUACUGGUACUAUAGCUUUAGAAGAUUUAAGAAAAAAUAUUUCAAUCAUCCCACAAGAUCCUGUACUUUUCUCCGGAACAUUACGUCGGAAUUUGGACCCAUUCAAUGAGUUCACGGAUAAGCUUCUAUGGGAAGUUUUGGAGGAGGUUGAGUUGAAGGAUGCAGUAACGUUGACCGGCAACGGUCUUGAUCAUCGGGUACUUGACCGAGGUUCAAAUUAUAGUACCGGACAGCGACAGUUAAUUUGCUUAGCUCGUGCUAUACUCCGAAAUAAUCGUGUACUCAUGUUAGAUGAGGCGACUGCUAACGUCGAUCCUCAUACUGAUGCGCUCAUUCAGCGCACUAUCCGCACCAAAUUUGCACCAUGUACCGUGCUUACGGUGGCUCAUCGAUUGAACACCAUCAUGGACAGCGACAAGGUUCUAGUUAUGGAUAAAGGAAGGCUUGUGGAAUUCGAUCAUCCGCACAUCUUGCUUCAAAAUCAUCAUGGCCCAUUCUCCUCUUUAGUAAAAGAAACGGGGCGAGCAAUGUUCGAACAACUUUGGAAGGUCGCGCGCGACGAUUACGUAACCAAACACGGAGACUCUGUGUAAAUAGCAACGACAAUAAUUUCACCGGUGCGGUCAAACUGUACGAUAUCUAAGAUAAUAGUAUUCGGUUAUAAUGGAUAAUUUAUUUAUUCUCAGAUAAUAAGAUUGAUAAUCAUACUACCAAUAGUAAUGUAUUGCUAUCAUAUAGCUCUAUAUGAAAAUGAUAACUUACACCGAAAAAUGAUGCUAAUACUUAUUCAAGUAUUAAUGAUAGUCGGAAUAUUACUGAUGAUUCCAUAUUAAUUCUAAUUAGACGCUAAAAGUAAUGUCUUCCGCGAUUUUGUGCAAUACGUUCCUGACAUAAUUUAAAAAAAAUUCGCUACGAGUUGAUAACGUAGUAAAGGCAAUAAUUCAAAUUAAGCAUGGUACACUACUUUGCAUUGUAACGCGCAUUCGAAAUUGGAUUAUUAAAUUUCGUCGUUCGUGAGAUUACUAUUUCUACUGAUAAGAUUCUUUCAGUUUGUACAUAAAACAAUCGCAUAUUUAUAAGUAGAACAGUAAAAAUCAUACGUGCCUCAAACUGUCAAUUUUGCUUUUAAAAAGCAGAGAAUGACAAACUGUUUUUGUAUGAAAGAAAGUUUAUGUUGAACGUAAUUGUGUAAAAAAAGUAUUAUUAUAAGUUUACUUAACUUUAGAUUUUUUAAUUAAAACUAUUUGCUAUAAUUUACUAUUUUUCUUUCGAAAAAUUCAUUUUCAUUUACUUCUGGAACUUUAUUAGUUUAAUAGUAUAAGAAUUACCGUAAUUCAAAAUCAGAAAGAACUGUUAAUAUUUAUUACAUUCUUGCUUUUAAUUGAACUACAUUAAGUAAUAGAUUUAUCUAUUCAUGCAAACACGAAAAUGUGAUAUUAUAUCUGUAGUCGAUGGUUUGCACAUAGUAUUAUUAAAUAGAUUUUAAUCAUACUGUACACAAUUCUGUAAGUGAAAGCCGCUUGCCUUAUAUGGAUACUUAGUUUUGAUAAAAAAGAUAUAUAUUACUGCCAAAUCAAACCGAUAUUUUAUGGAGCAAACGUUUUAUGUAGUAUCCUACGUUUACGUCAAUAUAUUUAUAUAGUAAUAAACAUUGUUUGUAAAUAUAUUUUGCUAACAAUACUGUUUAUUACGUCAUAUUCAUUGUACUUAUUUUGGUACAGUUUCUACAGCGUAUAUGUUAAAUAUGUUAAUAUAACAGUUAUAUUAAUAUUUAAUUAUUUGAUAAUAAAUGCAUUACUUCAUUGUACAGAUACAUAAGCAUUAUUUUGUGAAAGAUCUUUUACUGAUGUAUGGAAGAAAAUAAAAACAAUUUCAUCGAAAAAUAUUUUGUAAUCUACUUUAUCGACUAAAUUUUAGAACAUGUUAAUAUUAAAAAUGUAAUAAAACGAAUCGGAGUCACUGCGGAUAACAGUGAGCAACAGAUUGUGAUUUCAAUUACUAAGCAUGAGAAAAUUUUUAGACUUAAAUUUUCAUAUGUUUAUUAGCUCGAUUCGAAUUCGGAUUCUGCUUUCAAUUAUAAUAGAUCCAAUUAUGAUGUAGUUUUUUUAGUGCUUUUCAACUUAACAAUAAUAUUAUUCAAAUAAUAAAAAAAUUAUUUAGUAAGUUUUCAUGCUACGAUGUCGCUGAACAUAAAAAAAUCUUAUUAUAACAAUAAUAUUUGUACAGGUGACUAGAAAACCUCGUGAGCAUACAAACAUAAAAUUUAAUAAUGAGAAAAAUUAA